GAAAUCCCACUAGAGUUCUCUCUUCCAGUUCACUCAUUCGACCAGAUGUUCACCAUCCAACCAGGGCUAGCAGAAGGAGCCCAGUUCCUGGGGGGCCUGCCUCCUGCAGUAUGUCAGCCCGAACUCCAACCAGACAGCAAUUCCAACUUCAUGGAGAGUGCCAAGGAUGCCAAUGAGAAUUGGCAUGAGAUGCAAAGCAAAGUGGAGCCUAUCCUGAUGAGGAGCUCCUCUGAGUCACCCUCUGACAACCAGGCCUUUCAGACCACUAGACUCCUUGAUGAGGUGGUCCGCAGUCCCCCAGAGGGUGCAGAGAUUACUGGUGCUGAGCCUGAGAAGUUGGGUGGUGUCAGCAAUGUCUGCUCCCCUCUGGAGGACAUUGGCUAUGCCAGCAGCUCCCUGAGCAUUGACAGCCUUAGCAGCAGUCCAGAGCCCACCUGUGGGACCCCUGGAGACCCUAGUCCUCCAGAUCCCUUUCUUCCCUCUGUGGCCCAAGCUGUGCAGCAACUGCAGGCUCAGGAGCGCUACAAAGAGCAGGAGAAGGAGAAGCACCACGUGCACUUGGUGAUGUACCGUCGCCUGGCACUGCUGCAGUGGAUCCGGGCCCUGCAGCAUCAGUUGGUUGACCAGCAGGCCCGGCUGCAGGAGAGUUUCGACACUAUACUAGACAACAGAAAGGAGCUUAUUCGCUGUCUCCAGCAGAGGGCAGCACCAUCCAGGCCCCAGGACCAGGGUUAACUGCCUCCACAAGUGUGCAAAAGUCUUAAGUGUGUAUCUGCAGACAAAUGUGUGAUUGUGCACAAGUAAGUGCAUGAUUGCCUGUUGGCAUGAGUGCAUGUAAGUAUAAGUGUACGUGUGUGAUGUUGACUCAGGCAGGAAUAUUCAUGUGUGUGUGAAUGAGCUUUGUGUGCACAUGUACAAACAGACUAUCAGUGUGUGAGAAUGAAUGUGUAUAUGUAGCAUGUAUGUAAGAGUCAGUAACUGUGUAUAUUCAUGUAUAGCUAUGUACCUAGAAUUGUGUUUAUUAGAUUCACAAGGGAGAUUAUACAUGCAGAAUGUGUGUGUACUUAGGUGGGAGUUUGAUUAUUCUGGCUUAUGUCAGGCAUACAUGAGUGAAUCUUUGUGUGUUCAGUUAUUUAUGAAAGGGUGUGUAUGUGUGUGUGUGUGUGUGUGUGUGUGUGUGUAUAGGAAGUGUUUGUUGAAAGCAUGUGUAUUUAUGACAGUCUCAUACGCAGGUAUGUGCCAGUAUACAUUCAUUACACCUGGAGGGCAUCUACCCAUACUCUGUGUCACCCAAAUCUACCCCAGCCAUUUUUCUCCACUGGGUCCCAUUGCUUCCUAGCAAGAGAAUACUAGCCUACUGUCAUUUAUCUGAGGGUUGUGGCUGAUACAUUCUUCUGGCACUUCCCACACUACCUUUCCUUCUCUUUUCCCCUCACUUAAUCCAGACUUUGCUCUGCUAAGACUGUGUCCCUCUUGUUGUUUUGUCUGUAAGAGGUUCUUUUUUUUUUUUUUUCAGUGCUGAUGAUCUCCAAGUCUUUGUGAAGGCCAGGCAAGUCCUUUAACUGAUGAGCUACAUCAUCAGUUAUAGGCUGGCUGCUCUAGCCUGCCUUCACAUUUUGUCUAGUUUUGUCUGGAUAGUUGAGAAUUGGUAUCAGGGAGGGAACUGGGAAUUGUGACAUGGGGACAGAGAAGGAUGUGGAAGACUAUCCUCUUGAAUGCUGCCUUUCGCCAUGGGAAGGUGAUGGUGCAAUCCUGUAAGGAAUAGGAAAAUGGAGUUCCCAAACAAACCACACCUUUCCACUGGGAAAAGAUGUUGAAGUCCAUAUUGAUUUGAGUUUCUGAGAGAUGGUGUUCUCAGGCUGUGUUAGGAAAAGCCACAUUUCCUAGGUUCCUCCCUGACUUUACAACGUUGAGU